AAGAAGAAAACAGAAUAUACAGAGUAUAAACAGAGGAACAAAACAGAAGGGAAUUAAAAAUGUUGACAUGCAUUACAUGUAAGCAAAAAGUUGAAGAUGAUGGUGGAGAAGAAGAAGGUAUUCGUGGUUCUCCCAAUACUAAAGAUUCUAUCAAAAGCCUGACAGCGCAGAUUAAGGAUAUAGCAUUGAAGGUCACUGGUGCUUAUAGGUGCAAGUCAAGUAGUAUGCCCACCAGCAAUUACAAGAAAGGGCAUGGACCAUAUCCAUAUCCAGAGUUUGAUGCAAUCUCUGAGGGAGUUUUAUAUAAUUACCAAACAGGAAGUUCAAAUUCUACUCCAGCUUGGGAUUUUACAAGUACUGGUCAGUUCCAAACACCAACUAGGACUGAUUCUAGAUUAAGUGAUGUGAUGUUGGAAGAUGAAGAGGAGGCUAAAGAGUGGACAGCACAAGUGGAGCCUGGAAUUCAGAUUACUUUUGGUUCUCUCCCUCAUGGUGGAAAUGAUCUUAAAAGAAUCAGAUUUAGUCGGGAUGUGUUCAACAAAUGGCAAGCUCAAAGAUGGUGGGGUGAAAAUUAUGACAGAAUUAUGGAGCUUUACAAUGUUCAGAGAUUUAAUAAGCAUGCUCUUCACACACCCUCACAGUCUGAGGAUGGGAGAGAUUCAAAUUAUUCGUCAAGGCCUGGAUCUGCAAGGGAAUUCCAACAAUAUAAUGCUGGAUUAGGUGCUCAUGCCCCUAGUUUCCCAAAGGGUAGUGGGGCAUCAAGAACGACGACCUCCUCUAGAGAUGAGGCUUCAGUUUCUGUAAGUAAUGCUAGUGAUAUGGAGUCAGAAUGGAUAGAACAAGAUGAACCUGGAGUGUGUAUAACUAUCAGACAAUUAGCUGAUGGAACUAGAGAGCUACGUCGAGUCAGAUUCAGUCGCGAAAAAUUUGGAGAGGUGAACGCUAAGCAGUGGUGGGAGCAGAACUGGGAGAGAAUACAAGCACAAUACCUUUAGAAUCAUGUAUUCCAUAUUAAAUUAUCAGCAUUUUCCACGACUUAUAAG